AUGGAGAUGAAUUUGCUUGCCAAGAUUUCCGACUAUUUGCGAGAGGAAUUCCUUAACGACGACGAGUUCUCCAGGUGUGUUGCGGAAGCACAAGUUUCUGGCAACCAGUGGAUAUUGUACCGGUCUUAUAGCACCAACCUUCACGCUAUCGAGGAGCAAUUCCAAAUCGAACUUUGUAACGAAGAUGCUAUUCCACAUGUACGAUGCGCCCUGAAGCUGAAUUUGCAGAAUCAUGAUGCUCCUCAGGAAGACACUCGAGCAAAGAUUUUCAAGUCAGGCGUUUGGCUUGGCCCUAAACUAGAGGUCGAGGUCAAUAGUCAACAGAGGAACUCACCUCAGCGUCCAUCUGAUCCGAGCAUGUCGGGGUUUGCUGCACGAGUUACAGGCACUCCCCAAGCUCCGAUCGACGAUACCAACGAUACCGACGAUACAGACGAUACAGACGAUGCAGACGAUGCAGACGAUGCAGACGAUGCAGACGAUGCAGACGAUGCAGACGAUGCAGAUGAUGCAGAUGAUGCAGAGUCCGAACUCGACGCGCAAUUAGACACUCCGAAGGACAAAACGAAAGGGACUGUGGAGAAGAGCAUUCUCAAAUACGCAAAAUAUUUUAACACCGGUAGCCAAAUACUUGUCAGGAAGCCAACAAGAGCGCAAAGCAAAAGGCUAAAAGGCAUCCGACAAUCCGCGGCCAUGGCUAGAAUGAAAAGUAGCGCAGGCCGCACCAUAAAUCUCAGGGAGUUUUGGCAAGAAUGUAAGGAAAAUGGAGUAAAGGGCCAUGAGAUAUUUUCUGUAACUUUUUCCCACACAAACUUUUUGAAGACGGCCGUCGCUUCUACGAGCAGUGUGGGAUACUAUUUGUCUGGGAUAACAACACACCCCAAACUAUGGCCACAAUCUGUUCCUCGACCUACCAAACGCGAAGAUACGACCAUGUAUGCCUGUACAUGUGCCGUCAACCGAAUGCUCAAACUAGUAUCGAAAGUAGCUGAGUAUUAUGGCGUCACCGCAAUCACAAUAUUUACGUUCCUAGAAGUUGCAAGUUUCGGCAUGCCCAAAUUUGGUAACGACAAAAUCACCGACACAGACAAAAAUAAUGCUGAAAACGACUGUAGUGAUAGCGGUACUGACGGCGGUGGUGGUGGCAACCAUGACGACGACGGAGACCAUACUGACUUCUUCUACGAUGGGCUUACCUCCUUUAUUGACUUGUUGUGGCGGCGCCUGGCUGCGAUCGACCCGAAGACAGAGCAAGUCAUGGAGACGGAAUCGGACACAGAACCCGAGCAAGAGACAGUGGAGGGCCCACACACUGUGCCAACAAUAAACCCAUUUGGCUUUCACUCGUGGUAUACAGAAGCCGACUAUAACCGCACAUGCCAGACACUGGAUCAGUUGAUCUUUAUGAAAGCCCGACGAGAGAUGCUGUAUGAAAUCUCCUCAGACAAUAUAUUGAGAAAGGGUCGAGACAGACUGGUUGGCAUUGCUAAGUCUCAUUUGAAGCCUGAUAAAUCCAGAGAAUUCAUCCUUCGGCAUGCUCCAAAGCUGGCGAGGCACAUACCGUACGACCUGAGGGUGGAACGUGCGACAUGUUCCGAGGAUGACGCAGAGAACAUUAAUAUUGCGCUGCGAAUUAUGAACGGGGAGGCCUCUACCGAGGAGUCGACUGCGGCUUCGAUGGCUGUUGUCUAUGUAAUAGUUGACGUUUUGCUGGACAGAUAUCCGAAACCGAGGCGCGCAAAGAAAAGAAAACGAAUGUCCGAAAAUAUGACAGACGAAAACUUGGGCGUGCCGUACGAGCACCGUCUACCACACAAAAACUCAAAUCGGAACAAGUCACUCUCUCAGGGUAAACAUCAGCCUGCACAGUUCUUUCACAACCCUUCAACCCAAACUACGCUACAGCCCUUCACGGCACACAGUGAUUGGCCUGGCCAGGAUAUGCAGAAUGGCACCACUGGUUCCCCUACUUUUGGUGACCUAUCAGGGCUAAUUAACACCGAUCCAGCGAUGGACUUCGGAAUGGGCAUGAACGCUCAUGACAGUCUUCCGCCAUUCAACCCCUACCUUACCUCUAAUUCCAGUUGGAUGGACACGUUAAGAAUGGAAAUGAAUCUUGAUAUGUCACUGUUUGGCUCAUGUGACAAUUCGAAUAGUGGUUUAUUCCAAAACGAGCAGAGUACAUGA